GCAGCAAACAGCCAUUUUCAGUUAUCAGGGUCUGUCAGUCUCACUAGAAGUGCCGAGAAGCGUCUGCGCUACCGUGUUUUAUUAUUAUUAUUAUUAUCAUUAUAACUAUAAAACGUCAUUGAGGAUGGAUGGAAGGAAAGCUGUAGGUUCUCAGGGUUAAAGGUGUGCUCUUUAUGAGCUGAAGUAGUGUUAGUGAGUGGAUAAUAAACGGUUCCAGAGCCGGAGGAUGCUUCAGCAGGACUGCGCUGCUGCUCUUCACUCCAGCAGGAUUUAAAUACGGGCUGGCUUUUUUACCUGAAACCGAUUUAUUUUUGCGACAUAUUCAAAACUGUUAGCUUAGCCUCUCCAUCCUCGGAAACACCCUUACCGGAGCGGAGAAGCAGCUGUUUGUGAUUGUGAGCGGAGCAUUCUCGGGCGAUGUCCACUAUGGUGUACCCAAGGGAGGAGGCUCUGGAGCGGCUGAGUCAGGAUGAGAUUGUGUUGAACACGAAGGCGGUGAUGCAGGGGCUAGAGACACUGCGGGGCGAACACGCUCAGCUCCUCAACUCCCUGCUGGACUGCACUCCACCUCCCGCCGCACAGGAGAAAUCUGGUCUGCUCCGCAAGAGUCUGGAGGCUAUUGAGCUGGGCCUGGGGGAGGCACAGGUGAUCAUCGCACUGUCUGGUCACCUGAGCGCUGUGGAGUCAGAGAAGCAGAAGCUGCGGGCUCAGGUGCGUCGUCUGUGCCAGGAGAACCAGUGGCUGCGGGACGAGCUGGCCAGCACCCAGCACAAGCUGCAGAAGAGCGAGCAGAAUGUGGCCCAGCUCGAGGAGGAGAAGAAACACCUCGAGUUCAUGAACCAGAUACGCAAGUUCGACGAUGACGCCACACCCUCAGAGGACAAACCCGGAGAUAAAGAAAAGGACAAUCUGGACGAUCUGUUCCCCAAUGAAGAUGAUCAUGGGCCAGCCCAGCGCAGUGGUGAGGUUGCAGCACAGCAGGGAGGAUACGAGAUCCCAGCUCGGCUCAGGACGCUGCACAACCUGGUGAUCCAGUACGCUUCUCAGGGUAGGUACGAGGUGGCCGUGCCGCUCUGCAAACAAGCUCUGGAGGACUUGGAGAAGACCUCGGGCCACGACCACCCCGACGUUGCCACCAUGCUCAAUAUCCUGGCUCUCGUCUACAGGGAUCAGAAUAAGUACAAAGAGGCAGCUCACCUCCUGAACGACGCUCUGGCAAUCCGUGAGAAGACUCUUGGGAAGGAUCACCCCGCCGUAGCCGCCACCCUCAACAACCUGGCCGUGCUGUAUGGCAAGAGGGGCAAAUACAAGGAAGCAGAACCUCUGUGCAAGAGGGCGCUGGAGAUCAGGGAGAAGGUUUUGGGGAAGUUCCACCCCGAUGUGGCUAAGCAGCUGAAUAACCUGGCGCUGCUGUGUCAGAACCAGGGAAAGUACGAGGAGGUGGUGUACUACUACAGCCGUGCACUGGAAAUCUACGAGAGCAAGCUGGGGGCAGACGACCCCAAUGUGGCCAAGACCAAAAACAACCUGGCCACAUGCUACUUGAAACAGGGCAAGUUCAAGGACGCCGAGGCGCUCUACAAGGAGAUCCUGACCCGCGCUCACGAGAAGCAGUUCGGCUCGGUGAACAAUGACAACAAGCCCAUAUGGAUGCAUGCAGAAGAGAGAGAGGAGAGUAAGGGCAAGAAGAUGGACUCCACUCCUUAUGGAGAGUAUGGCAGCUGGUACAAGGCCUGCAAGGUGGACAGUCCCACAGUCACUAACACACUGAGGAGCCUGGGGGCGCUGUAUCGCAGACAGGGUAAGCUGGAGGCUGCAGAUACUCUGGAGGAGUGUGCUACAAAGAACCGAAAACAGGGCAUAGAUGCGAUGAACCAGAGUAAGGUGGUGGAGCUGCUGAAGGACGGCACCCCUGCUGGAGAUAAGCGACAUAGCAGAGAGGGGCUGAAUGGCUCCGGAGGUCCUCGGGAAUCUGAAGGAGACGAGGCAGAGUGGAGCGGGGACGGGAGCGGCUCUCUGCGGCGCAGCGGCUCCUUCGGGAAGAUCCGAGAUGCUCUGAGACGUAGCAGCGAGAUGCUGGUGAAGAAACUGCAGGGCAGCGGCCCACAGGAACCACGCAACCCGGGGAUGAAAAGAGCAAGCUCUUUGAACUUCCUCAACAAGAGUGUAGAGGAGACCUCGCAGGAUGUAAACACUGGCCUAUCAGAAUGUCGAGGACUGAGCACCAGCAACGUGGACCUCUCAAGACGAAGCUCCCUGAUUGGUUAGAGAGUGUGGUUGGGGUUAUUAAAGAGGGACGGAGCAAAGCAGACAGUCUGUUGCAUUCAAAUCGGAAUACGUAUUUAUUUAUAUUUUUGUUCCAGCAUUUUUAUUAGUCUUUAACGUGCCAGCUGGUGUGCUCCCAAACAGCUGUGUCUGCUUUGCUUUGUUAAACUGCACUGAUCAGACUAUUAACACACAGCAGGUAGAUAGGGAUAGAGUUACAGUUCAAUACGCAGUGCGGACUGGCUCGAGUCUUUCAGUCCACACGCCAGCCUGUUUCCCUGAACAUCACCACACACUGUUAAUGCAAUACAGCAUGCUGCUUUCUACACUGGAUGUGUUUCUGCAUUCGAGACAAAUCUCAGAGACAUGGCAUGGUUUCAACAAAGUUACUCACCAUAUAAGGAACCUUAAUAUGUGUAACUGCAAGCAUUAACUUUAAUUAUCUGUCAUGAGAAUGUUACGUACUCGAGCUCAUGGAGGCCGCACAGCUGGUCAAGAGUGGUAUGAAUGAUCGAUCGAUCGAUUUUGUCAUCUAUUAGAAUGGAAAACUACCUUUUUUUAUUAUUAUUAUUAUUAUUAUUAUUUAUUUAUUUAAAGCGUCUCCGCUCUGAAAUGAACAGACAGUUGUGGUAGAGGUAUAGCCUCACUUUUUGCCUUUUUUUUUUCCUCCCCCCUCUUCUGUAUAUACAGGAUUAACUUAUUGAAAUUGUCGUUUCCUUCUUUGUAAAUGCCCCUCAUGGUUUUUGUUUACAUAGCAGGAAGUAGGUGAAUCUCCGGAGAGCAAAUCCUACUCUCUACAGAAGUGAACACUGGGCUUUGUUGCAUGUGUGUGAACAGAAGAGCUCUCGCUCUAGCUGCUCUUUACGCUGAUACUGAAACUGGACCCAAGUCUCGAUUAUUCCGAUGUUUAUCCUUUCAUUUCUUGCUGCCGUUUUAAUGUACAGGAUGACAGUAGAGAGUUUGUAUAUACAUGUGCGUGUGUGUAUUUGUGCUUCAGAGUAGAGUCCGGCGCCUCUCGUCGCUCGUCUGUUAGUCUGUAGGUGAAUUUCUAUGCUCUGAACACUGAGUGAUCUCCGAUUAGAACAAAUCUUCAUGCUCACGAUCAUUUAACAUUCAGUUAUUUAUGUAUUAUUUAUGAGCCAGUACAGAGGAGUGCUACACUGUUGGCUGAUGUUGUGUUGUGGUUGUCAGGCACACAGUAGGGUUAUUUUUCCCUGCUCUGUCACCUGAGUCCUGGAUGUAACUGAACGGUUUUGCAGUAAGUAGGGGAAUGGCUUUAUUUAUUUUUUUUUAAAGGUGCAGUUUGUAAAAAAUGGGGUUUUUUUUUGCCCUACUAGUUGAAAAAAUUCUAGGAUACAUGUGAUAUGUAAGAAUAUGGUGGCUUAGCACCUCAAGGGUUUGCCUCUGACCCUUGCAUUUAAGGUUUCCUCUCCCUGUCCACAGAUAUGUGUGUGUGUGUGUGUUUGUGUGUGUGUGCGUGCAUCAUUGUAACCUGCAGUAGGUUGGCACCCCUGGGAUAGGUUAACCCUGUGUAGGAUAAGCGCUACAGAAAAUAGAUAGAUGAAUGAAAGGAUAUAAUACAAGUCCUGAAAUUGUGUAGGGGCGGGACAAAGCACAGCGUGGCCCCGCCCCCUCCUAAGGUUUGCAUGGUGUACAUAGUGUCAUACUACAGUGUUCCAAUCUGAACUGUUUGUUAACUGUAUCUCUAACUUCAUAUCACAGGAUUAUAUCGAUGCACUUGUGCAAAAAAAAAGUUAUGGUUGCUAUAGUAACAGCUUAUUCACAGGGACUUGUAUAGCAGACCUGAUCUAAUCUACAUAAUCUAAGGCUAGUGAUAAACGCUGUUUAAUAAAGAAGGGCUUCGUAAUUGUCGGCUCCGGUGUAGUUUUGUGUGACAUUUAUGAAAGAAGUCUCCAGUGUCAGUAAAUUUUCCUCCAUGGUAAAAGGCUUCGGGGAUUUUCAGAGUUGGGAUUUGUUUUGUUUGUUUUAUUAAACCUACAAAAGGGAACAAAAUAGAGGCUGAUGAAAUCUGUGUUCAGUUCCCCUCAUAGCCAGCAGAGGGCACUAAAUUUAACGUACAAACUGCUCCUUUAAACACACAUCCAUCUGAUUUUGUUUGUGCAGAAUGAUGUAGGAGUGUAGGUACUGAAGGUAGAGAGGAUGUUUACUCUGGGUAGGUGACGCUGUUUAAAAUGAAUGUAGGAAGCGGAAUGGAAAAAAAAAAAACAACUUUGUGCUGUGAUACAAACAGACUGUCAGCUGUGGAAACAUUUCAUUCACUGUGUUUCAUGGCUUCACACAUGGAUUGUGGAUAGGUUUGUAACUGUAGGCGUGCCGAUCGGGCAGAUCAGGAAACUAGUGUAGCACUUAAGAGUGUGUUGAUGCUGCAAAAAGCUUUAACCCCGCCCACUCACCAUCACCCUCCAGUGUAAUUGUGCCUGAGAUUUAUGACUUCCUUUGAUUAGUGAUCUCUCUCUCUCUCUGUGCCUCUGUCUCCCUCUCCCUCUCUCUCUCUCUCUCACUCUCUCUGUGCCUCUGACACUUUCUCCCUCUCUCUCUCUCUCUCUCUCUCUCUGCCUCUGACACUCCCUCUGCCUCUCUCUCCCUCUCUCUGUGCCUGUCUCCCUCUCUCUCUCUCUCUCUCUCUCUGACACACU